GCAGAGCAGCUGAAGAGUCAUCGUGGCAGAUGAUGAUUUUAGGAGACUUGACGUUCCAUCACGGAUGCCAAGAACUUUGACUGAUCUUCAGAGCACAAUUCGCCAAGCAUUUGGAAUUGAAAGAGACUUUCGUAUUCAAUUCAUGGAUCCUGACUUCAACAAUGAGUUUAUGAACAUAACAUCAAUGCAAGACAUUCAAGACCGAAGUACAAUCAAACUUGUGUACAUGGCAAAUCUGGAUACAAGUGCAUCUUUGUCAAAGCAGUAUCCCACAUGCAGUCUUGACUCAUCUGCAAGUCCAGAAAGUAUUCAAAGAAACUCCAGUCUCUCAUCGUCUUCAUCCAACUCAGACAGCACCAUAAUUCUACCACAGUCAGACAGUGAGCUGAGAUCAUGUGCAUGGCCUCGCGAGUUUACUAUUCCUCGAUUUUCAUUCAAUGUAGAGGUGCAACUUCAGCGUGGAAAUGAGACCUUCAGAGAAACUGGAACUCGGCUCAAGAUUACUCCAGGUGUUAAAUCUGACAUCUACGAGAAGCUAGCUGAGGCGAUUUUUCAGUUUACUGCUUAUCCUCAAAAUUACCAAAUAGAUGAAGUUGCAGGGGCACUGAUCAAAAAAUUUCCUUGUCUGCGAGAGCCAUCUGCCACAGGUUACUAUGGCUGGAUGAUUAGCCUGAAAUAUAAGAUGGCUAAUUACAGGACAAAGAUCCUGAUCCUGGUCCUGAAGUGACUAUAAAUGCCCAGCCAAAAAUGUUAAGAAACCUAAAAAGGCUGAGGUCAAUUUUUGUCCAUUACACCCAGCUGGCGAAACAGAUAAGUCUAGAAAACAUCAGGGUUGAGCUUUUGACCGACGUCAGACAAAGAAACAGUGCCUCAGAUGUAAGACAGAAGAUGUCAAGAACAUUUUCCUACCGUAGACAAGAGGUGGUGCAGGGAAGUCCAACUGCUGGGGAGUUUAAAGCCAGGUGGCCUGCAGUUUUCCAGAUUAAUGAGGUAAAUGCUGAAUUCCAGCGUAUUACAACACUUCAACUGGAGACGACCUUCGCGGCACAGUUAGACAGAAUUACACCUCAGCUGAUGACAGUUUUCCAGAAGAAGGGCGGUGUUUCUGGGCAGAAACUUGCCCACCACUUGCAGAUAAUGCAAGAGGCUGAAAGUGAUGUUAAAGUGAAAAGGGAAGCAGUUCUCAGGGCACUUUGCCUCUACCUUGGUGAAGAGGAUGGAAGCCUUAUUCGGGAGUACUUGAAUCCAAGAACACCAAGGCAGACGCCCUGUCCCACCAGUACGCCCCUGACGCAGAUCCCUCAGAGCUGUCAACUGUGCUACCUGCCUUCUGCCGCGUGGGCUUCAUCUAUUGAGGGAUUGAGGAAAUGAUUUGGCAGGCUCUGCCAGAUCCAGGAACCGGACCCCUGGGCUGGCGAUAUGUCCCCUCAGCAGCAUGAGCUGCGAUACUAAGCUGGGCCCACAAGUUUUCAUGAGGUAGGUCGGACCAUCCCUCUGCUGAAGCGUCACUUCUGGUGGGGGAUGACAGAGAAGGAUGUGCAGGACUAGUGCUGGUCUUUGCUGGCAGCAAGACCAAAACUCAGAAGCCAUUGGGCCUGCUUCAGCCUCUAUCCAUACCUUCCUGCCCAUUGUGGCAGGACGUAGGCGGCGGUGCCGCGGCAGGGAAGGCGGACGCACCUGCGCGGCAUUGCAAUCAUGCCUCGCCAGCUUAAGAGCGGUGUAGGGUCCUGUCAUGUUGUUGUUGUUGGUGUGUGGCUGGGAGUUGGAAUGCUGCAGCCUAGUCGUGUGAACAAGCUACCGUGUUAAUAAAGAGAUGCUUAAAAGCAUAAACAUGUCAUCGGGUCUGCCGUGGUUUAUCACACCCCUGUUCCCAUAUUUCUCUCGUUUUUGUCACCGACUUACCUGUCUCCACAGGAAAAUCAGCAAUCCCUUCUGUAAUUGACACAUUCUCUAAGGCAGCACACUUCAUUGGCCUGGACAAAUGGUCCACAGAAACAGUGAAGCUCGUGGUAUAUCACAUCUUCAAACCUCAUGGAAUCACCUCGGAGAUCACCUCGGAGAGAGGUCCCCAGUUCACCUCAUAGGUUUAGAAAUCUUUCUGUUCUAGGGGCCCAAGUCAAUCUCAGCUCCAGUUACCACCCACAGACCAACAGCCAUCACUCACAACCUGGCCACCUGUACCUCAAAUCUCCCAUCGGUAGAGUAGGCGCACAAUGCACACACCUCAUCAUCCACCGGUCUCUAUUUGAAGCGUCACUAGGCUAUCAGCUUGCUUCCCAAGGAGGAGGCUGACAUCACAAAUCCUUCAGUCCAGCACCACCUCUGGCACUGGCACAACGUUUCGGUCAGAACUCUGGAAGCCUUGCAUAAAGCUGUCAACCACCAGCACCACUACUCGGAUCAGCUUUGGACACCAGCACCCCAGUACACCCCUGGAAAGAAGGUAUGGCUAUCCGCUGAGGACAUUCCUCUCAAGUCAAACUCCCGUAAACUGAACCAUGGUGCAAGAUGGUUCAUUGGGCCCUAUGAUAUCGACACCAUCAUCUCUGUCACAGUUCUGGGUCAUUUUGACCCAGCAUUUUCAGUUUCUUGUAUUUUGGUAUUUUUCUGUAUUAUGGUUUAUUUUCAGAUUCUUUAGUUGUCCUGUUUUGAAUAUUAUAAUCCUACGUUUCAGUGUUAUUCUGGUUAAGAGUUUGUUCUUAGGUUUAGUUCAGUGUCUAAUCUGUGCCUGUCAUGUUUCCUGUUUUACUUUGAAGGUCUGCGUCUCAUAUUAGUGUGUCCAGUGUUACUCUCCGAUGUGUUGUCAUUAUGUUUCAUUCGAGUCAGCUGUGUCCCCAUGUGUCGCCACUUCUCCUGAUCACCUCAUGUGUGUAUUUAAGUUCAGCAUCACAGCAUCGUCUGUGUUACCUCGUUUCAUGCAUUCAUGGUUAUCAUAGUUCCUCUGUAUCGUCUGUGUUUGCUCAGUUAUCUUAGUUUUUCCCAGUGUAGGUUUUCAGUUAGCUCUUACCCAUGUUUGCCUCCAUUUGAGUUGUAUUCAUGUCAGCCACAAUAAAGACUCGUUUUUGGUUUGCAACUGAAGUUCAGUCUCCUCGUCUCUGUCUGCUCCUGGGUCCACUCACUCACUUCACUCAGUCUGCCCCACGCCUCGACCGAAAAAAUCUCACCAUCUGCUGUCAAACUAAAACUCCCUACAUCUCUAAAGAUUCAUCCCGUGUAUCCCAGGUUAUGCCAGUACUCAGCCCAUUACUCCAGCCCAUUACUUUGUUUUCUUUGUGCUACAGCUCUCUGGUCAUGCAACUGCUCCACUCCUCAGUUAAGCUUAGACAGCAGAUCAUACUCCCAGGAUGUGCCACUCAGCUUCACGCGUUGUCUCCCGGAAUGGGGUUUCAAUAUCAC